AAUCUCAUCUCCGGCGUAACUUGAACUUCCGGUUUGAAAGUCAAACAAAAUUUCCGCAAAAAUUCUUUGCAUUUUCAUAUUUUUAAACGAAAGAAAGUGUUUUAAGAAAGAAGAAAUGGCUGCCUUGUUCGCCUGCACAAAGUGUCACAGCAGGCAUCCGUUUGAACAACUAUCCACUUCGGAACAACUUUGUAAAGGUUGCCGUAACUAUCAGCCAGUGGUCAAGUGUACAGCUUGCAGGGCAGAAUUUACUCCAGGAGAGAGGGGUGCUACAAAUCAGAACUGCAGACAUUGUACAUACAAUAUUAAGGUUCAUGGAGAGCCAGCAGUCUGCAGGUUUUGUAACCUUAUGGCAGCAUUUGUAGACAACAAAUGUCAACGAUGUACAGCAUAUGAGAAAAAAUUUGGUGCACCGCUACCCUGUGAACAGUGCAAAAUGAAGUGUGCUUUUGACAAGUCGGAGCGAUCCAAAGCUAAAAUGGAUGGCAAGACUCUCUGCUGGCUUUGUGCUCUGGCAUACAAACGGGUACUAGAAAAGGCAAAACAGCGUCAAGAACAAAAAAGACAGGGACUGAGGUCCAAUCCAAGUAGCUUUGAUAAACUUGACAAAUUAGACAAGUCAGACAAACUGGAAAAAGUAGAAAAUAUGAGUACGGGUAGCAACAGUCGAGAUAAGAUCUCACCGUUUGAAAAUGCUAGUAACUCUCAGCCUGCUAAAACUCCACAAAAAGACUCAAAAUCUCUGUUAAAUUUAUCUGUUGGAGAGAAAUCAACUCCACCCUCAUUUGCAUCUUCAUUCGAUUUCCUCCGUGAACAUAAGGAUGAGAAAAGUAAUGACUCAAUUGAUGUUGCAACAAAAGUCAAAGAAGAAGGUAGCAAAGACGGACAUCAUAAACAUCGUCACCAUCAUCAUCAUCAUCAUAAAUCAAAACAUCACCACCAUAAAAGAUCUCACAGUCCUCGUUCUCCCAGCAAGCGUCCUCGGCUAGAAAACAGUGACUCGAAUGGAAUGACUGGAACCCUGACACCAACUAAAAGUUCUGUGUUGGCAACAGAGAAAUCUCCUGUGGACCCUAACAGUUCCGAGCAUAUCAUAGCAAUCAACAGACUGCAGGAACAACUGGAUAACCUCAAAAAACAGCUCAGUCUUAAGGAUCAGCAGCUCCUAGAAAAGGAGAAAAAGAUGACGGAGGUGAAAGCUGCUCAAUAUGAGAGUGAUAAAAGUUUCAGGACCAAACUGAGUGAGCUCACCAAGAAGAACACUGAAGCUGUUGAAACUCUUCAGGCGAAGAAUCGAGAGUUGGAGAAGAAGAAUCGAGACCUGAGUAAACAAGUGACAUUGUUGUCCAAGGGCAAGAAAUCAAGCAGUGUCCUUAGCAACAGCCAGAACAAUAGUCCUAGUCUAAGUUCAUAGUGAAUCUAUCAAUAUGUAGCUGCAUAAUCUAGUUGUUAUCAUUGAUGUUAUAGAACUGACACUUCUGUUUAAGAUUUUUGUUUAUUUGAGCAAUAGAACAAGGGCCUUUUGUUGCUAGUUACAUCGUCAGGCAGUUAGAUUUUCAGAUUUAAGCAGUCAGGUCUUCAAGACUGCUGAUUCAUACUGGUUUACUUGUGUAUUGACAUGCUAAUAAAACUAAAUGUGGCUGCAUAUUUCUUUCAAUUGUAAAUGGAUUAUUUAUUGGUGUCUGGAAAAAAAAAUUCACAUAUAUAUUUAUGGGAGACUUUUUGUGGACUUUGUUUGUGUCAACUAAAGGUAUUAAAUCCCAGUGAAAUGAAAAAUAUUCCAAUAGAUUUUGAAGUCCACCAAUUUAAGAUCCUACAUAAGAGUGAUUUAAAAAAAAAAAUAUGCCAACAAAAUAAUUCCACAGUACAUAAUAUACAGCUAAGUAUGGCAUUUUUAUCACAAAGAAGAUAAUGGGAGAUAUUUUUACUUUAUAUGUCUACUUAAUCCAUUUGUCUUUGUCUUACAGAAUAGUGUCAUGCAUAACAACUUGUUUAAUAAUGACUUGUAUGAAAACACUAGUUGCUGUUGAGUUUACUGGAAAAAAGUAGAGCGUAUUUCCGAAAACUUAAAUAGAAGUGCGGCCUCCGUGGCCGAGUGGUUAAUGUUGCUGACUUCAAAUCACUUGCCCCUCAUCGAUGUGGGUUCAAGCCUCACUCGAGGCAUUGAAUUCUUUGUGAGGAAGCCAUCCAGCUGGCUAACAAAAGGUCAGUGGUUCUACCCAGGUGCCCGCUCGUGAUGAAAUAGUGCACGGAGGGACACCUGGGGUCUUCCUCCACCAUCAAAGCUGGAAAAGUCGCCAUAUGAUCUAUAAUUGUGUCGGUGCGACGUUAAACCCAACAAAAAAAUUAAAUAGAAGUGUUUAAAGUGAUUGUAAUGCUAACUGUUUGAUCCACAUAAUCUGUUACAGGGGUUUUCAUGAACUAUGGCUUUAUUUGCAAAAUCCAUAUAUAAACUACAAGCAUACUUCAUUUCAAAGGAUGGUACUAGCAACUUUGUUAAUUUUUAAAGGUAUACUGGACCCAAAUUUCAUAUUUGAAAAUAUGAACAAUGAUUAGAGUAGAGUAUGUAAACAUAAAAUUCAGCAGGUUUAUGUGUAUUACCAGUUUUAUGCAUGUUUAAAGUUGUACACACAAGCUGAUUAUAUUAUAAAUGUGUACUACCUCAAAAAAACAGGAAGGUUUUUGAUAAUCGGCUGAUACUGCAUGAUGUUUAAUUACGAAUGCAGCUCUUUAUAAAUGAUUUAUAAACAUAGUAAAAUUAAAUACAGUUUAUGAAGAUUUUCAACAUUUGAAGUAAAUAUCUUAAAGAUAGAUAUUUUAGCGGAAGAUGAGUAUUGGCUAUCUUUAAGAUGUCUUUGGUAAGUUUUUUGGCCAAAAAAUGUACUAUUCUACAUGUAAAAAUUGGGAAAAAAAACACAAUUCUGAUUUUCUUUUUUAUUGGAAAUGUUCUUUUCAGUUCACAGAAAAAGUCAUUGAAUUUUUUUAAUUUGUUCAUGUCAGAAAUGGCUGAAAUUUACAAAGGAAAAGGUACCCGUCAGAAUUAUUUUUGACAAUAAUUCUAAAACCAGUCAAGAUAUUUUACUUUUAAGUUUUUAUAACCACCCUCAGAAUUCUUUAGUAAGAUGUAUAUCACUGGUAUUGUUUUAUGUAUAAUAAAGAAAAACCUUGCAGAGAAGGUGGGUCAAACAGUAAUUGUACAUAUGUAUCUUGAAAGUGUUAGAAAUCUAUUGUUCUUGUCAAUUGUACAUGUGUUUUUGGUGCACAGCUGUUAGACGUUAUUGUUUCCUGUGUUAUAAUUGUGAAUCUAUAAUUAUUUUAAGUUUACCAGACAUUGUCAGUUUAGAUUCAGGAAAUGUUUAGUUGAUGUUCAAAUGCUUUUUUAAGUAAAUUGUGAAGUAUCACUGAUUUUUAACAGAAUUUUAAUUAUAAAGUAACAAAAACUGUUAUUGUUUCUCUUUAAAAUAGCUUUUUUAUGUGUUGAACACUUAUAUAUAUAUAUAUGUAACAGAGCCUUGCUCUAAGAAACUGAUAUAUUGAAUAUAAUUAGCUUGAAAAAAUAAUUUUUAUAACAAAUGUAUGACUCACAAAUGUUUGAAAAAUUGAUCAUUUAAUUAAACACAGUUUAAAGGCACUGACCUUCAUAUUUUGGCAAAAAAUGAUCUUUCUUUAAAAUUGAAGUUUAGUCAUGUUAUGAGCAUAAGAACAUGAGACUUCGUUUUUAAACUAUCUUAAAAUGCCUAAUCAAGAAAAAAAAAUACUCAAAUCGGGAAUUGAACACGGGCUGCCUCUGCAGUAAAAACUUUCAGACGUUCUUAACUAAUACACCACGAAGGAAUAUGCACUUAACAUCCAUUAAAUAUAAAGAUUUAUACUUAAUAAGGCAGUUUACCUCCGGUACCAUGUUAUAAACGCUUUUCAAUUUUAAAUAGAAGAAUUAAUAAGAGCAAUUAAUUCUCAUGUGACGUAUAAUCUGUAUGUAACUAAGUUUUAAAGCAAUAUAGCAAUAGUUCCCCAAUACCUUAAAAAUUCUGUUGUACUAUCUGGAGGUCAGUGCCUUUAAGAAAGAAGUGUAAAGAAUGGUUAAUUAACAAGAUUAUUUGUCAUUUUCUCUCUAAAUUCAUGUUUACUAAAAUACUUUUGAAGGUCCAUUGGAAAGUCAAAAUUCUUAGAAAGCUCAUACUUGCUCUGAUUUUGAAAUGAGCACUACCUCCUAUAUCUUUCCACCUAGCUAUUGAAUUCCUACAUUUGUCCACUAUUUUUAUAUUUUAUAGCAAUAUGCACCACUAUAAAAUUGUGCUUUUUAACUCUCAUAAUAGUUACUAAAAAUAUGAAUGCUUUUAUAAUGAAAACUGCCAUUGAAAUUUUAUGGUUCCUUUUAGGGUAUGCUAAUUUUACUAAUGCAUGUGUUAACAGUAACCAAAUGCCAAGCAUCAUAAUCAUCUCAUUCAUUCAAAAACACUUAACAUGUUUAUUGUAAAUACUUAGGUGCUUAACAUUGUAAUAGUAAAUCUUUUGAGUAACUGAAUGUAUAUAUAGAUUGAGACCCAUAUAUCAUAAAGAUUAAUACCUAUUUAUAUAGUAUUUUGCUUACUUGUAUAGGUGUAAGUAGGCAGUGUGUUCCAUAACUCCUCCAAUUCAUGUCACCAUAUUCUGGUGGUUUUUCAAAAUGGCAUAAUCCAAUAUUAUUAUUUUAAGCAGUUAAGAAAAAAAAUUGGAUGACAUGCAUAUGUUGGGCAUUUUCUAUGACAUUCAUUCAUCCCCAUAGUAUAAUAUCAAAAGUAUUGUUCCCAUACAAUCAUUCUGUUACAUUUCUGUACAGACACAUACAGAAAUACUCAUUUUGUAUGUCAUUUUUGUUGUUGAAGUCAUUGUGUAUGAACAAGAUGUAUUGUUUCAACAUAAGAAUACAGCGAGAACACGGAGUCCAACAGAUACCUUAAAAAUUCACAUUCUGCUUGCAGUCAUAUAUGUACAGUCAGUCAGAAUUGUCACUUUAGUUACACAGAUGCAUCAUAAAUAUUAGGUUAACUGCCCGCCAUUACAUAAACUGAAGUACUGAAAAAAUGGCAUUAAACCGAAAACAAACAAAAUAAAUAUUGCUGAAUAGUUUGAAUACUAAGAAGAUGUCCUUUAAUAAAAAAAAAAAAAAUAAUAAAAAAGUUUUUCUAUUGAACAUCUUUUUCAGAAGAAAAAAAACAUAUUAAGAGAUUUUUUUAAGUGAGCACAAGUUUUGUCAACUUUGUUUAAAGUGAUCUUACUGUUAACAUUAAUAGUGUCUUCCUUUAGGAUUGAAAACUUACUAUGAAAGAGUGUUUCAGUAAGUUUCAUUUUUAGCUCAUCUGAUUUUUUGAAAAAAAAAUGAUGAGUUAUUGUCAUCACUUGAGCGGUUGUCGGCGUCUGCGUCGGCGUUGCCUGGUUAAGUUUUAUGUUUAGGUCAGCUUUUCUCCUAAACUAUCAAAGCUCUUGCUUUGAAACUUGGAAUACUUGUUCACCAUCAUAAGCUGACCCUGUAUAGCAAGAAACAUAACUCCAUCUUGCUUUUUGCAAGAUUUAUAGCCCCUUUUGUAAGAUUUAUAGCCCCUUUUGUACUUAGAAAAUAUCAGAUUUCUCGGUUAAGUUUUAUGUUUAGGUCAACUUUUCUCCUAAACUAUCAAAGCUAUUGCUUUGAAACUUGGAAUACUUGUUCACCAUCCUAAGCUGACCCUGUACAGCAAGAAACAUAACUCCAUCCUGCUUUUUGCAAGAUUUAUGGCCCCUUUUGGACUUAGAAAAUAUCAGAUUUCUUGGUUAAGUUUUAUGUUUAGGUCAACUUUUUCUCUUAAACUAUCAAAGCUAUUGCUUUGAAACUUGCAACACUUGUUCACCAUCAUAAGCUGACCCUGUACAGCAAGCAACAUAACUCCAUCCUGCUUUUUGCAAUAAUUAUUGCCCCUUUUGGACUUAGAAAAUCAUUUUCUUGCUAUUGCUUUAAAACUUGCAACAGUUUUUCACCAUCAUAAGUGGACACUGUACAUCAAGAAACAUAACUCUAUCCUGCUUUUUGCAAGAAUGAUGGCCCUUUUUAGACUUCAUGGGUAGGACAAUAUUUCUAUUAUAUAAAAAAAUCAGAUGAGCGUCAGCACCUGCAAGGCGGUGCUCUUGUUAAUAAAGAAUGUCAAUAAUUCUGUUGAGUUACAUAGAAUGAUGGUUUUGUUUUGAAAAGUAAUUAACUACUACAAAUAGUAUAGACAAAUCAGGAAUUCAUUAUUUCAUUCAUUUGUCAUAUAACGAAUUUUGUGUUCAUGAAUUCUUUAUUUUUCUGUGUGACUGCAGCAAGGUGUUUUUCUAUACUCUGUACUAAAUAGUCAUUCCUUCACUUCAUUUAAAUAUCUACAGUUACAGCAUAUUGCUUAUAUCUCUUAUAUGGCUGUAUGGUAUACUUGUACAAGUACAUUUGUAUACAGACAAGAUGUCAGGAAGCUAAUGUGUCUGAAAAAUUCUUGGUGUAAAAUCUGAAGUACCUUCCUUUAUUUAAUUUACUUAUUACAUGCUAAAUCCUUGAAAAGGAUUCUAUUAUAACUUCACACAAUUACAAAAGACCAUUGAGAGAAAGAACUGUGUACAAGAACCAUAACUCUAUUUUGCUUACUUUUUGAAUUACCUCCGUUUAAUUUACUUGUCCAAGGUAUAACUCUGGAAGUGCUGAAGGGAUUUUAUGGACACUGCAUACAACGAUGGAGGACAUUGUGAGGAAGUGGAUUGUACAAUAAAUAAACCUCCUCUA